AUGAGUUCCGAAGAUAGUUCAUGGGAAGGUGAUAUAGAAGGACCAAGUGAUUCUGCUAAUGGCACAGGCAAAACUACCAAAGUACGUGGUAAAGGAACAUGUACUUGGAUGGAAGAUAAUAAAAAAGAAUCCCUCGAGUUCAAUUCUAUGGGUGUUAGUGUAGGUUCUAAUGAUGGAAAAUUUGGCCGGUACUUGGGUGGGUUAGCUCGAGAUUCUAAUGUACUUCCGCUCGUCACUAAACCUUGGCCUAAAGUCUCAACAACUAUUGAAUGGAAACCUGAAGAUCUUCCUCGUCUACCUCUCAUAAAGCAUAAUAUAAUGGAAAGAGUUGCUAAAUAUUGGAGAAGCUACAAGAACAGACUUAAGAAAGCUCAUUAUGAUCCCAAAAUAGGCACACCAGGACGUUGGGUGUGUGGGAAUAAAGAUGUCAACGUAGCUGAAUGGCGCGAAAUGGUGAAAUAUUGGGAUACUGAAAAGACAACACUCAAGAAGCAUGGUCAUGAGCUCGAUCCUAUUCAGUUUUUUUAUGAUAAGCAUACACGGAAUGACAAAGAAAAAACUUGGAUUGAUGAAGUUGCUGAGCGGACACAUGCUAGUAUGCAAGAGAAGUUGGCAGAAAUUGUAGCAGUUGAAGGUAAUGAGACUACAGAGAUGCGAGAAAGAGCAUAUGUUGCAGUGAUGGGACCUGAGAAACGUCAUAGAGUUCGUGGUUAUGGACUAGGUGUAAUACCUGAUAUGGUGCCUUAUCUUCAAAUUGAUGGUAGCUCAUCAUCACACAGAUCAUAUGGAAGACAUUAUGCUCACUUGCAAUCACAAUUUAUGGAAUUAGAGUCCAAGUACCAACAACAACAACAACAAGCACAGGUGCAGCAAGUUCAAACUCAGGAACAACUCUUGCAAACCCAACAAGAAUUGGCAAUGUUAAAGCAAAUGAUACAAUCCCAGCAAUCUACUCCACCUUCGCAACAAUUUUUUCAGCCUUUGCAGCAACCAUCCUUCUAG